GUGCGGCGACUGUCAGCUGCCGGGUGCGUCCAUCGCCUGCGCCACACGGACUCGUCUCUUCCCCUUUCUCCCCUCCGUCGUCCCCUGGCACCGGCCACUCAUCCCCCACCUCGAUGAACUAGCAGGCUCAUCCCAGGGGAGAUCACGCGCGCCCACCCACGAUCCGAGGAAGCGCGAGGAGCUAGCAGCGGGUUGAACUCUGAAGCAGAUCGUCAGCCAGCCGACCGGCGGAGCAGUUGGAUCUCACUGGCUUCCUCCACUGCAACCACGUUCGGCUCGAGUAGGUCACGCUCGAUCCAAGGCCCAGCAGCCCCAGCUGAUUUGAUCAUCAAGAACCACAAUCUUGUUCUGGUUGACACACAGAUCUGGCAAAAGGAAGCUAAGCCGGUGUCAAGCUGAACAAUGGCAAGCUGUUUCCCCUGCUUGAGCGCCAGGAAGAAGGAGGUCCCACGUUCUGCCCCAGCCAAUCCACACACCAGCAGCGUCCCUGGCGCCGUGGCACGAACUUUCUCCUUCGAGGAGCUCGCGGCGGCGACAAGAAACUUCAGCGAUGCCUGCCGCAUCGUUGGUCGGGAGGAUGGUCUUUACAAAGGCUUCCUCAAGAGCAUCAAUCAGGUUGUUGCUAUAAAGCUGCAGCAUGCAGUUGAUCCAAGUGGAUCAUCGGAGCAAGAUAAUGGAAAGUUUCUUGCCCUUGCGCUGAUGAUGAGCGGGCUGCGCCACCCAAAUAUUGUCAAUCUUAUUGGCUUUUGUGCGGAUGGCCAUCACCGGAUCUUGGUUCACGAAUACAUGCCAUUUGGUUCUCUAGAAGAUCACCUCCACGAUUCAUCUCCAGGCAAAGCACCACUGGACUGGAACACGAGGAUGAACAUUGCCGCCGGUGUGGCCAGAGGGUUGGAGUAUAUGCACGACAAAGGUGUCCUCUACCGAUGCGUCAAAAGUUCAGACAUCUUGCUUGGAGACGGCUACCACCCAAAGCUGUCCCAAUAUGGACUGGCCGAGCAUGACAAGGGCUGGUGUACUGGUAUCGCCAUGAGGACGACAUUGGGUACUACGGCCCCCGAGACCGCGAUGGCCGGGAAGCUGCUCCCGGGGUCGAGUGUUUACAGCUUCGGUGUCGUGCUGCUGGAGAUGAUCACCGGGCGGAGGGCCAUCGAUCACACCCAGGAUGCCAUGGAGCAUCGGCACCUUGUCACAUGGGCCCGAACAAUGAUGAAGGACAGGAGCCACUUCCGCCGGAUGGCAGACCCGGCACUGCAGGGACGAUAUCCGUCCUUGGACUUGCAGGAGGCCCUCGAAGUUGCUUCGGUGUGCACCCACGACAGUCAUGCCAUGAGAGCACCCAUCGGCACCGUCGUCACGGCUCUGUCGCGCCUCGCCUACGAUGUUGAUCCACCCGAAUCAUCACACCACGCGGCACCUAAUUAACUUAGGAGGUAAACGGUGUCGUGUCAUCUAGAUGUGUCGAUCAUGAUCAAGUUGCUUGAUAUGCUAUGAACUGUGACCGGCAAUAAGUUGUGUUUGUGAUCGUUGCUUGUUCUAGAAUAACUAAUGCUUGGCCUGCAUAAUUAAGAAUGUUUAAAACACA